ACACACACACACACACACACACACACAGUCAGUCCGUCAGUAUUUGCUCAGACUUCUAGUACGACUGACUUAACUAACUACUACUACUACUACUACUACUACUACUACUACUACUACUACUACUACUACUACUACAGAAUUUAAAGUUUGUCCAUCAUGUUUCUCUGGGACUGGUUAACUGGGGUGCUGGGAUACCUUGGACUAUGGAAGAAGAGUGGCAAGCUGCUGUUCCUGGGACUGGACAACGCUGGGAAGACCACACUGCUGCACAUGCUGAAAGACGACCGUAUGGCACAGCACGUCCCUACACUGCACCCAACAUCGGAGGAGCUGAGCAUAGGGCAGAUCAAGUUCACGACCUUUGACCUGGGGGGCCAUCACCAAGCCAGGCGCGUUUGGAAAGAUUACUUCCCCGCUGUGGACGCCAUUGUGUUCCUCAUCGACGCAGCGGACCGGGGCAGGUUUGCUGAGUCCAAGGCUGAGCUAGACUCCCUUCUGACAGACGACCAGCUAUCAAAUGUUCCCAUUGUAAUUCUUGGCAACAAGAUUGACGUCCCUGGCGCAGCAUCCGAAGACGAACUGAGACAAUAUUUUGGCCUUUUUGGACAGACUACGGGGAAGCACAAAAUUCCCAGGAACGAGCUGCCGGGGCGUCCGCUGGAGCUCUUCAUGUGUUCUGUACUGAAACGCCAAGGUUACGGAGAAGGAUUUCGUUGGAUUGCCAAUUACAUUAACUAAUACAGGCCCUCCCCCUUUCUCCUACACCCCCCUGAUGCCCCCACGCCCCUGUAGCCUCGCCCUAACCUCCACGACUCUUGUUUGGUUAUGGUUUGGUGUGUGUGUGGCGAGUUAAGUGUGGUGUGCCGCGCCACUCUGCUGGGACUCGCCGCUCCUCCUCUGCUGCUGCUGCUGCUAAUACGUGUGGUGUUGUGAAUGGGUGCUGUUUGUGCUGUGGGAGUUGUUGUUUUCCUCUUUUUUCUUUUUUUUCUUUUUUUUUUAUAGUUUUGGUGUAUUGAAUGUUGUUUUCUUCGUUUUUUCGUGUUUCUGUUUCUUUUUUCUCUUUCUUCUUGUGCUUCUGUUCUCUUUAUUUUCGAAUCAAAUCUCUCAUUUUUUUUUCUUCGAACCAAAUUUCUUAUCAACUUUUUUUUUUCUCAAUCAAAUUUUUUUUUUUCUCAAUCAAAUUUUUUUUUUCUUAUACGAUCUUUAUUUUCGUUUUCCUUAGUCCCUAUUCCUGCGUCUUCCAUCCCUCUUCCAUUCCUCAAUUUUACUUUCACUUUUAUCAUUAUUCCUUUUACUUCCAUUUUUCUCCUUUAUUUCACUUUAUUUCCCCUCCUUUACUCGAAUAAUCCCUUCAUUUCCUUCCUUUUUAAACUAACCUUUCAUUUUCUCUAUCCUUCAUCAGAUUAUCUUCUAUAUUUACCCUCCCUUCAGAGCUUUUCCAUCUCCCACCUCUCACCUUUUCCCUCUCUUCCUCCCUUUUAAACUACCCUUUCAUUUUCCUCUCUAUCCUUUCAUCAAAUCAUCUUUUAUAUAUUUACCCUCCCUUCAGUCCUUUUCAAAUCGUCUUUCUCUCAUCUCUCACCCUUUCCAUCCUUUUUCAUCGCUUCCCAACUCCCCUUUACACUCCCACCCACUCUCCCAUCCUCUGAAGUGUGCAGGGUGACCAGGGGCCGUGUUAAGUGCCGCUGCCACCACCACCAGCACCACCUGGGCACUGCUGGUCAGGUGGGGCGGCACUGAUGAGGGUCAGACACAGGUGUGCAAAUGAUAGAUUCUUGUAAAAUUUCUAAACUUCUUCCUUUAACUUGAUUUUUUUUUUGCUUCAUUUUCUUUCUUUAUUUUCUUGGUUUUUCGUUUUUUUUUUUAUUUGUUUUCAUUCACUUUCGUUUUUUUUUUUUUUUUUUUAUCUGAUCUCUUUUCUCGAUUCUUAUUUCCUUAUGUCUUUCCUUCCUUUCGUUCAUUUUCCAUCCCGAAACAUUGCCAUGCCCUCUCCUUUUUCCUUAAUUUAUCUCUUUCUCUCCUUUUCUCAGUCCCCUAUAACUUUUUUUUUUUUUUUUCUCUCCCUCUACCAAAAAAAAAGUUCAUUCCCUGAUUUGAAGCGUUAGUUGUUUUCCUCAAUUUUUUGUAAUGUUAAGUUUGUUGCAAAGUGCUAUUACCGUUAACCCAACCCAGUGACUGAAUUGAAUGGAGAGAGAAAAGGCGAAACAAUUAAAAUAUUACCCUUUAUAUUACGAGUUCAUUUAUAAGUUCAAGAGUUUUAUUUUUAUUUAUUUUUUUCUAGAUCCCCUUUAUUCUUCUGGUGAGUAGAAAAAAUGGUAGCAGAGUAAACAAAGUCGGUUUUUGCAGAGCGCGACAGUGACUUGAACGAGAUUUGAAGCGAGUCUAGCGUUCAAGUUCGCGUGGACUUUUUAUAUAUACCCGUAGGUUGUUAUUUAUUUAUUGCGGUUACUGAAAUGUCAUCCGGGAAACGCUAAGUUAAUUUUACCAGCGGCUUUAGGGUCUAAGUAAGAAUGGACGGGAAUAACAUCGUCCAAGAGAGAAUAUUAUAAUAUUAAACCCCCUCCCCAAGGAUAUAGUCAACACAGGAUGGGUCGCCGCCUCUCCGCCGCGUCCUUGAGCGGGGCGGUGCAGCGGCGUCCGUCUGUGUGUUUGUCUCGUCCCCGUAUGAAUGAAUGUUGCCUACUCUGGUUUUCCUCUUAUUUGGUAUAGAAUGAAAACUGGCGUGCUUCUCUCUCCCUCCCCGCCCAGUGUGUGUGUGUGAGGGAGGCAUGUCAGAAUGUUUUCAAGGUAUUUCCAAGUUUCUGUUAAAACAUGCAGUCUUUAUAUAAGAAAAGUAUGUAAACUGUU